CAUUACGGACGAGAUGCAAGCAACAGUCAUUGACCAUGUCAUUGUCCAUGGCAUGACAAUGGCUGAAGCAGGACUAAGAGUCUGUCCAAACCUGAGUAGGUUCACCGUGGCCACCAUUAUCAGGGCAUUCAGACAACACAACAGAGUUGAAAGAAUGCCACAUAGAGGUGGGAGGGUUGCCAUAUUUACAGCGGCACAAGAAACCCUCAUUGUGGAUAUGGUUCGUGGGAACAACCUCAUCAGACUCCGGGAGAUCAGAGACAAAGUCAUUGCCGAUAAUGUCAACUUUGAGAGCAUUGAUGAUGUCAGCUUGGCCACAAUAGACCGAGUUCUCCGGCGCCAAAAGACGCGGAUGAAACAGGUCUAUAGGGUUCCCUUUGAUCGCAACUCUGCGCGACACAAAGACCUACGUUACAAGUACGUGCAAAAGAUUUUACAGUUGAACGCGAUGGCCAGACCUCAUGAGUACCUCUUCCUGGAUGAGGCUGGCUUCAACCUGCAGAAACGAAGGCAAAGAGGCCGUAACAUCAUUGGCCAAAGUGCCAUCACUGAGGGCUUGUCCACCGGCAUGCUGUCCUUGGGUCUUACAACACCCAACGUCUCCUCACCUUCCUAG